CCAGUCAGCGUUGGAUGUGCGUAAGAGUCGGUAAGACCGAUGAAAGGGGCAGGGCUGGGCUUUCUUCUAGUCUCACUUGAGAAAACAACGCUGCGUAUAGUUUUGGGAAGCGAGGACUGGCUCAAUAAGACGAAGAGGAAAGGAGGCGAGCGAAAUUAGACUUGCUGGCCGCAGAAAGAUACGUUCGUUUCACUUUCAGCCUCUCAGUAGACAGCUGUUGUAGAUGGCCAAAGGAGAAGAGAGGGGCAUUCCCACUAAUGUGACACAGCAGGCAAAAGACAUGGCUCUACAGCAGCAGCAGCAGCAGCAGCCCUUCUGGCCUUCCUUGGGCAAUUCUGCCCCGCAAUCUCCUUACAUAUAUAACAUGCCCGCCUGGGUGCUUGAGGACUUCUGUCAGAAGAUGGACUGCCUCAACGAUUACGACUGGAUGCGCUUUGCAUCCUAUGUGAUAACUGACCAGACUGAGCUGAGGAAAAUCAAAUGUAUGGAAAAGGCAGGAAUCAGUAUAACGAGAGAGCUGAUGUGGUGGUGGGGACUGAGGCUUGCAACUGUCCAGCAACUGUUGGAACUUCUGCAGGAACUGCAGCUCUAUCGGGCAGCACAAGUGAUUAUGGACUGGAAGUCACCCUCACUAACCUCUGAUUCUGUAAAGGCUCCUUUAGAGCCCCGUCAACAAGAGAAUGCAUCGCUGCAUCCAACUGGGAGCAAAAACAGAGCCAUAGCAGGUCCUGUUUUAAAAGCAGAUGUGCUUCCUUUAUCUCUGCCUCCAACUUCUAUGGACCUUCCACAUUCUUUACAUUCAAAUCCACCAGUAGUAUCAAGUGUAAAGCCCUGCAGUUCUGCCAUUCCCCGACAGGAAACGGUUCCUGAUCUCCUCAGUGCGAGCCUUCUGUGGACUACAGGAGAAUUGGAAGUUGCCACCAGUGGCUUCAGUAAGGAAAACCAAAUUAGUGAAGGCAUGUUUGCUACUACCUACAAAGGUUGGAGGAACAACACUUUAUAUGUGGUUAAAAGGCUAAAAGAGCAGAAUCAGAUGCAAAAAAUUUUUCGUACAGAAGUACAGAACUGCUUUCGGUGUUGUCACCCUAAUAUUCUGCGGUUGUUAGGCUUCUCUGUAGAAACUGGAUUUCACUGCCUCAUACACCCUUACAUGCCAAAUGGAUCAUUGAUGGACAGACUGCAGUGUCAGGAUGGUUCUGAACCAUUAAUGUGGGAAAGUCGCAUCAAAAUUUCUCUGGGACUCAUUCAAGCCAUUCAACAUUUACAUCACUUAGGAAUUAUUCAUGGAAAUGUGAAAAGUUCCAAUGUCUUGCUGGAUGAAAACUUUGUACCACAACUUGGACAUUUUGGUCUCAGGUUGCAUCCUGUGGAGAAAAAAUCUGAGCAUGCUGUGAUGAAAACCAAAGUCUUGCAAGCUUCUCUUGCUUACUUCCCAGAGGAUUUUGUGAGGCAUGGGCAGUUAACAGAAAAAGUGGACAUAUUUGGUUGUGGAAUAGUUUUAGCAGAGAUACUGACUGGCAUGAAGGCAAUGGAUGAAGGAAGGCAUCCUCUUUUUCUGAAAGAUGUCCUCCUUGAUGAAAUUCAAGCGGCAAAAGAACUAUCCUGUUCUAAGGAGAGAACCUUUGAACGACUUGCUGCCACAGAAAUAUGUCGCAAAUAUCAAGACAAGCACGCAGUUCACUUACCAGCAAUGACAGCUGUUUGGUUGGCCACUGCUUCUUGUGUUUGUCUGAGGAAAAAGAAUGCUAAAAUGGCAGAGGUGCAUGAAAUUAUGGAAAUGGCAGAUCAUCAAAUACAAUGUCAGAAAAUGCCAGAGGGGAGCAGAUAUAUUGGACUCUCUGUCAAUACUCCAGAAGAAACCAAUGAUGAGCCAGCCAGUCCCUUCAAUUGUAGUUUAUCAGACAGAGUGAAUCCCAACUCUUUGAACUGUGCAGAUUUGAUUCAACCUUUGAUGAGAGUCAUGAUUCCUGACACAUGCUCUGGGCAGAUGUUACGGGUCCCUUGUGAGUCGGAUGAAUCAAGUAACUUUUCGUGGAACCCUGUGGAGGAUGCUGCCUGCCAACCACCAAGCAAUGGUUCUCCAAAUCAAGAAAACAUUUCUCCCACAAAGCCUCUGGGAAAUAAUCCAAAAUACAUCAGUGACUUCACAGCAAAAAAUAUAGACUGUAAUAGGAAUGAAUCACUAGAAGCAACUGCUUCCUCAAAUAGAAUGACUUCAUCACAUACAAAUACAGAAAACGCUGGCAUUACCUGUACUUCACAAGCAGCAGUGAAAGAAAUAAAAAUCAACGAUAAAAAGAAAAAGAUGAUGGAACAAUUUUUAUUGUAUGAAGAAAAUAAGAUAAAUAGUUGUGAACUCUUUGAAGAUUCAGUGUAACUCAACUUCAGAAAAUGAAACUUUCUUAGCAGUAGCACCUAGGGCUGUGGAGUCGGAGUCAUGGAAUCGGAAUCGUGAGCAAUUUUGGGUGAAGUCGGAGUCGGUAGAAAUGUACCGAUUCCGACUCCUUCAUAAAUGGCAAAUGUAUAUUAACUAGUAAUAACAAAUUUACUGUAAUAAAA